UUCAUCAACACCAUCCUCAAUUGCCAGCCCUGGGCUGCUCACGAUUCUGCGAAUCACCGCUCUAUAAUGCCCCUCACCAAGGCUAACGAUAUGGAGGCAGCCCCCGUCCUCUCCACUCCGGAUGAUCGCAUCCUGGAAUCCACCGACCCGGUUGCGUCUCAGGAACCGAAUCGCACGCUCUCCGAUGAGGAGCUCUCGAUUACCUAUGACAUCGAACGCACGCUGAAAGAGAUCCGCCGGGCACGGUAUAAGCGCAUUGCGCUCCAAUUUCCGGAUGACAUGCUCCCUGAUGCACCCCGGGUGUUUCAACUCCUCAGCCGCGGUCUGGACGUGACCGAUGCCCCCCCUCAACCACACAGCAACGGGCGAAGCAGCACCGACGGUGCCGAACAGCUAGCGGACUCGGUUGGCCAGCUCCAGGUCGAUGCGACUCCCGCGCCUGCCCCGAAACUAUACAUUCUGGCGGAUACCUCCUACGGUACAUGCUGCGUGGACGAGGUGGCCGCGGAGCAUGUGGAUGCGGACGUUGUCGUGCACUACGGCCGGUCGUGUCUGUCCCCGACAGCCAGGCUGCCGGUCAUCUACGUUUUCACACAAAAGCCUCUGCCUCUCGAGCCCCUCGUUCGCGCAUUCAAGGAGACCUACCCUGACCCUGAAACCAAGGCCAUUCUGGCGGCGGAUGUGACCUACUCGAACCAUGUCCCGACCGUCUACUCGCGUCUCGUCGAGGAGGGCUACACCAACCUGUUCGCCACGGAUAUCGUCCACAACCCUUCCUCCGCUAUCCCCAACCGCACCGUCCCGGAAUCGGUCCAAGAGACUCCGGAGUCACUUUCUGACUGGCAACUCUUCCACAUUUCCGACCCACCCACGGCCCUACUCCUGACCCUUGCGUCUCGCGUCGCCGCCAUCCAUAUCUAUCCCACCGAUGACGUGACAAAGGAGAUUGUGAAGCCGUUACCCGCGUCCACGGCGGCUGCCCUGCGUCGCCGGUAUGCCAUCUUGACCUCCCUCAACACCGUGCCCAUCUUCGGCAUCCUCGUCAACACGCUGAGCGUGAAGAACUACCUCCACAUCGUGGAGCAUGUGCGUGAUCGGAUUGCGGCCGCCGGAAAGAAGAGCUACCUGUUUGUGGUGGGCAAGCUCAACGCGGCCAAGGUGGCCAACUUCAGCGAGAUCGGCGGAUGGGUGGUCAUCGGAUGCUGGGAAAGCUCUCUGGUCGAUAGCAAGGAUUUCUGGAAGCCGGUGAUUACUCCAUCGGAGCUGGAGCUCACGCUCCAGGGCGAUACCGAGCGGGUGUGGACCGGAGCCUGGCGGAGUGACUUCCAGAGCGUCCUCGAUCAAUUAAAGGCAGAGGCGGAGAAUGCGGACCCCGCGGCGGACGAGGAAGGCGAGAUGUCGGAACCCGAGUCCGCACCACCGGAAUUCGACCUGCGCACCGGUCGGUAUGUCUCGCACUCCCGCCCCAUGCGGAAUGCUGCACCCCGCGUUUCCGCUUCCUCAGCAGAGGAGGCCAUAUCGGCCGCUAGUGGGCCCUCGGCCGCGCGCGCCUUGGCCAGGCGAGCCAAGGGCGAUAUUGCCAUGAUCGGCGGGACGUUCUCGCCCGGGGCGGAAUUCCUGCAAUCCCAACGGACGUGGAAAGGUCUGGGAAGUGAUUUUGACAUUCAAUACGAGGAAGAUGCGCCGGAUAGCACGCUGGUGGUAGAAGGGCGUAAGGGAAUCGCAAGGGGGUAUACGGUGGGCGAGGAUGGUGAUCGACACUAGGAUAGA